ACGAGACAAAUUUAUUUGUUCUCUUUCUACAUCAAACCCCCGCUUCUCUCUCUAAAUAUCAAGCUCUGUUAUCUUCCAACUCCCUCGCAAGCUGCUGGUUCCCUAAGCGUCAAUCCUGUAAUAAAGCCAAACACUCCCUCUAGGGUUUCUACUUUCUGUUUUCCAGCUUCGAAUUGGAGCUUAAAGGAAACGAAUCUCUCAAUUUUCUACAGUUUCACACAUCCACUCAUUUCUUGUUCAGGCACGCCGUGAAUCAUAAAUAUUCCCAUCAAUGCCAGCCUUCUCAAUCACCUUCAACUAGUUCCCCGGAAAAUCCUACCCGCCGAAUCCCAAAUGGAGGGACACCGCAAUCUCCGCAUCAUUCUCAGCAUCGUAUCCAUCUCUUUCUUUCUUCUAGUCUUUUCCUUAUUAUACUUCUGGUUCCGUCGGAGAAGGGACAUUAGAAGCAGAAGUAGCAGCGACGGGUUGGAGGAGAGCGAGGGUUUUAAGCUUGUGAAGACAGAUGCUGAAGAGCUUGUGGUGUUUGCUGGCUGCGAACAUUUGAGGACUCAGGACAUACUUGAUGCGCCAGGGGAAGUUGUGGGGAAGUCGAGUUAUGGGACUUUGUACCGGGCUACCAUCCGGAUUGGCGCCGGAGCAACCGCAGUCAUGCUACUCCGGUUCAUCCGCCCGGACUGUGUUGGCCGGACUGGCGAUAUCCUCAUGGCUAUCCGGUUGAUUGGGUUGCUCAGGCAUCCUAAUCUGGUGCCACUGAGGGCUCUUUAUGUGGGGCCGCGGGGGGAGAAGCUCUUCGUCUAUCCCUUCUAUGCUGCUGGCAAUCUAGCUCAGUUUCUGAAAGCAGGCAGUGCUGAACCCAAAAGAUGGAAAGUCAUCUAUGAAAUCUGCUUAGGAAUUGCCAGAGGACUGGACCACCUCCACAAUGCAUUGCAGAAACCAAUCAUUCAUGGCAAUCUAAAGUCGAAAAAUGUACUCCUCGGUUCUAAUCUUCGUCCUCACCUCUCCGACUUUGGCCUGCACCUCUUGCUUAGCCCAACUGCAGCACAGGAAAUGCUGGAGGCAUCUGCAAAUCAGGGAUACAAAGCUCCUGAGCUGAUCAAGAUGAAGGAGGCCAACAUGAAAACAGACAUCUACAGCCUUGGGAUCAUCUUGCUUGAGAUAAUUACUCUUAAGGAUGCACCGAGUUGCAGAUUGUCAGUUUUCGAUAGUAAGAUCUGUGAUACAUUCAGCUCCAAUAUCAUCAUCAAUGGCAAAAAAGACCAAAAUUCAAGCAAUGAAGCACUUCUUAGAUGCUAUCAAGUGGCAAUUUCUUGCUGCUCGACAUCACCGGCUCUGAGACCAGAUAUCAAGCUUGUUAUCAGAAAACUGGAAGAGAUUGGGCGUUUCUGACUGAGAUUAUCUAGAUGAAGACAGCUUGUUCUUUUUUUAUUAUAUAGCUGGCUGAUUUCAACAGUAGACCAUGUGGUGGUUGUGUUACUUGUGUGUUGAGCUAAGCAACAGUUGGAGAAUUGAAAAGAGUGUUCUUGUGGGUCCUUAGAUUGCCACCAAUUUAACUUCACUAACAACAAAUACCUAAGCUGUCUUCAGUUAAAAUUUGAUUCUGAGUGUUUGAUUCUGCGGUGGUUUGACCUUUCAUCAUUGAUGAUCAGUGAUGAGAAUUGUAGAAAGAAAUUUAAUAUCAAGAUUUUAAAGCAUCAGCAUGAAA